AUGAGUGAAAUGUUUGUAACAAUUCUUUGUCUCGUAUACGGCGAAUCAACAGACCAUGCUUUUGAAGUAGAAAUUUCCAAAAAAGCAUCAAUAAGCAAGCUUAGGAAAGAAAUCUGGAAGGAACUUAAAUCAAACAGAAAUAUAAAUGUAAAAGAUCUCAUAUUAUGGAAUGUUUCUAUACCUUAUGAUAAUAAUGACGCGUUUACAUUUCUUAAACUUGAAGAAAAUGAAGAAAAAAAAAUUCGAAAAUUAAAAUUUUUGAAGAAAGUAGCUACAGAGUUGCCCGAAGAGUCAUUAUAUUCAGAACAUAUACAUAUUUUAGUUCAGUAUCCAAAAAUACAUAUUCAAAACAAUGUUAAAGAUGAUAAUAAAAAAAUUCUUAGACUCUCAGAACAAUUAGAUACUUUAAAUAUAUACCCUGCUACAUUUGAUCCUAAAUUAUAUGAAGGCGAAGAUGAGCUCGUAAGCAUUUCUGAUGAUUGUCUUGCAUGCUUCGAUGUGACGCUAUCCAUACUUAAUGUUUGUCUCUUAUGUAGUCCACUUGCUUCUGGCAAGACUACACUUUCAACAAUACUAAAAAAGUUUCUUAUAAAACACAAAAAUAGAAAGGUUAAGAUAAUCUCGAUGCUUUGGUUGAAUGAAAUAGAUUUAUUGAGUAGCCCUACAUCUUUUGAUGAUUAUUGGAAAUCGCAAAUUGGAAGAACUUGGACUGAUUGUAUUAAUGGAAAUGAAUCUAUGAAUAUUUUGAUAGAUGAAGUGCAAAUCUUGUAUGGACAUAUACCUUUUUUCUGGAACAAUUUAAAAGGGCUUAUGCAAAGUGCACAGAAAAAUAUAAACUUUUCAGUAUCAAUAGGCUUGAAAUAUCUUCGUUUAUCAUGGGUCGAAUAUGAAGAGUUCUUAGUUAAGUAUAUUCAUAAAGUACAGACAAAAGAGCCUGUUUAUAUUGAUGAUGAAGUCAAGAAGACUAUAUAUAAUAUUAGUCGUGAUCACGCUAGUAUUAUUAGAUAUACUUUGGAUCUCUUACAGAAUAUAUAUUGUUAUGGUCAACGUGAUGCUGGAGCUUUGUUAAAACAUCUUUUGUCUGCUGGGUUUCAUAAAUUUAUAAGUUGUACAUGUUCAUUUUACUGGUUACAAGAUUGGAAACCAACCAAAGAAGAAAGUGAUUUCUUACGAAUCGUAUUAAAUCAGUGUGAUACAGAUUCUGCCUUCUCAGUGAAUUUAGAAAAUUUUUCGACCAUAGCUCAAAAAUUUAUCCAUUCCGGGUUAAUUGUUCAUAGAGAAUAUGAUUUUCAAUUUACAGCUCCUAUAAUGCGCAUCAUAUUGGGAAUUCAUCUAUAUAAUGUUUCAUAUGAUAAACGUUUUCAACUCUUGUGA